AUGUUCUCUCCCAUGAGUAGCUUCGUGUUUUAUCCUGCUAUAACGUCCAUUGCUGAAUCGCUUGGCACAACUGUUGCACUGGUGAACAUAGCCAUCACAACAUACAUGCUGAUUUCAGGAAUUACACCAGCAAUCCUGGGAGACGCAGCCGAUAAGCUUGGACGUCGUCCGAUAUACAUUCUGGCUCUGUCAAUCUACUUUGUCGCAAAUCUUGGACUUGCUUUACAGAGCAGUUAUCCAGCACUACUGGUGCUGAGAAUGAUCCAAAGUGUAGGCAGUUCUGGAACUAUAUCUUUAGGAUACGGCAUCGUUUCAGACAUUGCCAGCCCUGCAGAAAGAGGCCUCUUUGUGGGGAUAUUCAGCCUCGGACCCAAUGUUGCUCCCCCGUUUGGGCCAGUCAUCGGAGGUCUCAUCGUUGCGAGGCUAGGGUGGCAUUCAAUCUUUUGGUUUCUCGCCAUCCUUGGAGGUCUUUGUCUUCUCCUGGUUGUCUUGGCCUUACCGGAGACAGCUAGGAAAAUUGUGGGAAGCGGCACUAAUAAGAUGCCUCUAUCUAUGAUUUCCAAACACCAAAGUCGGGCAAGAACAGAACAUAUAAACACUACAAAACCACAGUUCACCUUUCCUAACCCACUACACUGUCUUAAACUACUCCUCUUCAAGGACAUCUUCAUUGUUAUACUUUGCAAUGGUAUUUAUUACGCAACAUACUGUUGCGUCCAGGCAUCUCUUUCUACAUUAUUCAUACAGGUCUAUGGGUAUGGUAAACUAGAAGCAGGACUAAUUUAUAUCCCAUUUGGCUUCGGCUGCUUGGUUAGCACAUAUUCGUGGGGCAAGUUGUUAAAUUCUGACUAUGCUCGAACAGGGAAAUUACAUUGUAUUCAAGCGGAAAAGCGGCCCCUCGACGGAGACACUGGUUUUCCAAUAGAGGAAGCGAGGCUCCGGAGCGCGCCUUGGCUGAUCAUAUUAGCUGCAGUGUCUAUCACAGCGUAUGGCUGGAGUGUUCAGUAUCGUGCGCACGCGUCCGUGCCAUUAAUUAUACAAACACUCAUCGGCUUCUCCACAACCGGCAUGUUCGUAGUAUUAGGUACCCUUCUGACGGACCUAAACCCAGACCGCUCUUCAACAGCCGCUGCAUCAGCAAAUGUUGUGAGAUGUGCUUUAGCAGCUGGAACACUUGCCGUAUUGCAGACGAUCCUUGACAAUGUUGGUCCAGGUUGGUGCUUCACAAUAUUCGGUCUCCUAAACGGCACAUGUGGACCUUUGCUAUUUCUCGAACUGCGAAAGGGUAAAGCUUGGAGAGAGGCUAGAAAUAAUUAG